GGGAAAAAAGGCAACACGGAUGUCACUCUGAGCGACACACAAACAUUCACGGUUUUGGGACGUUUUUACGUUUGUUUGAUGGCCAACAUGAACAAAUCUGUGGUGAGUAAAGCUGUUUAACGUCGUGGAUGUUAGGUUAAACUUGCUCACGUUUGGUUCAUGUUAGUGUUAGUAGCGAAUGUCUUUGGAUAGUUUGUAUUACGGCCCGACUAUGGGGUGCCGUUUGUAAAGCAGCCCAUUAUAAAAACAACAGCAAGAUUUGGUCAUAUUAAGCAAAACAACAGCAAGAUUUAGUCACAUUUAGCUUCAAACAGCAUUUAAAAACGUGAUGUGAAUUUUCGGCAGUCAUUUUUUUGCACAUUUACAACAACAUUUAAAUACUAAAACUAAAUGUUAAAUGUUAAAUCUAAAUGCUAAAUAUAAAUCUUAAAUCUAAAUCUAAAUGUUCAAUAUAAAUCUAAAUGUUAAAUCUAAAUGUUAAAUCUAAAUGUGUUGGGCGAAACUAAAUAUUUAGCUAAUAUGCAAAUUCACGGUCGGAAACCGGAAGUGCCAAAAUAAAAGCUCCAGAAGGUCAUAUUGAUGAUUCUUGUGUCGAAGAAAACGAAUUAAAACCAAUUUAAGGGGGGAACAAAUACUUGGGGUGACGUUUCGUGUUAAUAACUACCUACAAUAGCGACAGCAACAACAAAAACUUUAUUAGAAAGACUCGAGUUUUCAGUGUCGCUUCUCCUUAUGGCACGGACACUGUACGAACCAUAGACUGUAUAUAAGAUACAUAUAUAUAGUCUAUACAUAUAUACUUAUAUACAGUCUAUUGUUUCGAACCCCGGCUUCCUGCGUCCCAGUCGUCCGCGUUACCCGUACGGCCAAAGCACUUCAUGAAUAGAUAAGGUGCCAUGGAGUAGUAUGACGUGUGCGCCUGCAUGUGUGUGUGCGUGUGUUCGUACAGUGUCCGCGCCAUACGGAGAAGCGACACUGAAAACUCGAGUCUUUCUAAUAAAGUUUUUGUUGUUGCUGUCGCUAUUGUAGGUACUUAUUAACACGAAACGUCAUUCCAAGUAUUUGUUCCCCCCUUAAAUUGGUUUUAAUUCGUUUUCUUCGACACAAGAAUCAUCAAUAUGACCUUCUGGAGCUUUUAUUUUGGCACUUCCGGUUUCCGACCGUGAAUUUGCAUAUUAGCUAAAUAUUUAGUUUCGCCCAACACAUUUAGAUUUAACAUUUAGAUUUAACAUUUAGAUUUAACAUUUAGAUUUAGAUUUAACAUUUAGAUUUAGAUUUAACAUAUAUAUUUAAGAUUUAUAUUUAGCAUUUAGAUUUAACAUUUAACAUUUAGUUUUAGUAUUUAAAUGUUGUUGUAAAUGUGCAAAAAAAUGACUGCCGAAAAUUCACAUCACGUUUUUAAAUGCUGUUUGAAGCUAAAUGUGACUAAAUCUUGCUGUUGUUUUGCUAAAUAUGACCAAAUCUUGCUGUUGUUUUUAUAAUGGGCUGCUUUACAAACGGCACCCCAUACCCGACCGUUAUAGAUUUCCUAGUUGUUUUUCACAGAAUCUACUAUUUGUCUACUCUUUGUUUACUUUUCUGUUUGUGUGUGUCUGAGUGUAUGUGCUUUUUGGUCAGACAAGAUUGGCAGGGUUUCAGACACAAAUGAGCAAUUGUAAAUUUCAAAAUAACAUCCAACUAACUUUUGUAGACUAAAUUGGACUUCUAGGACAUACUUGCUGCAAAUGUCUGAUUCACUUUAUUCCUCUGUUUAUCUGCUUACCCUUCAUUCUCUAUCUCUCCCUUUGUGUUUGACCAGGUGGAGGGGCCGCCAGCAGCAGGAGCUUUUCGGGAGCGCCCUUCCAAACCGACCACUUUCCGUAAGUUUUAUGAGCGUGGAGUGUUUCCGAUCAUGGUCGAUCACAACACCAGGGGAAACCGCAUUAAAUGGAAGGUAGGUACAGUAAAAAUUGGCUUAUGCGUAUGGUUUUACAUGCUAUUAAUAACAUGACAAGGUGUGCCAAAUCUGCCAUCAGAGAAUGCUAGGUUCAGGAGUUGGGAUUUGGGAAGGUACUGCCCCUUCCAUUGUAUAACCCUUAUGAAAACAUACUUAACAGAAGUAUGCAAAGAAAACAAUGCCACACUUCAGAAUUUGCAGUUACACACAACUGAAAAAUAGAGUAUGCCUGCUAACCUUAAAGUGAUGACAGUCUCUCACAUAUCCAGAGGGCCAAUGUGGGCCAAAGGUAUGCCUUUGGGCAAAUUAAGUUUUCUCUCCAUGGUAUUUUUUAUAGAUUAAAAAGGUAAUGGAUUAUGCCUUGUGAGUGGGUGUUUUGUGAAUUAGAACCAGGACUGGGUGAGCAAGACCCGACACAAAGCAGGGCUUUGCAGCUGACGCACCUUUGAGCCUAAAUAUGGCUACUGCCACAACUUCCAGCACUGUUGCCAUUAGCACUAUGGCUAAGUAACAUUUUAGCAAUCAGGUGGUGAUAAUGACCACUUAUAUCUGUAAUCUAAAUUUCUGUCCACAGGUAGACAUCGGAACAUUAGACUACCAUCACUUCCUGCCUCUCUUUUUUGACGGCUUGUCAGAAACUGCACACCCAUAUGAGUUGUUGGCUCGCCAGGGAUGCCAUGACCUGCUGGAUCACGGUGGCUCCAAGAUCCUGCCAGUGAUUCCCCAGCUCAUCAUUCCAAUCAAGAGUGAGUGUGUGAGGGUGAGGGUCCUCUCAGGGGGCUACAGAUCACAAAGGACACACUGCUUCUUUUCCCUUGAGACAGAGUAUGUGUCGAUGUAUUUUACCUUCACUGUAACCCUUUGACAUUAAUCAGCUGUGGCUACCUCUGAAGACAUACAGUGUUAAUGAUGUUUAUAACAAUUUUUCCUCAAGGUUUUAUUAAUUUAAGCUCAAAGCUGCCACGCUCUGAAGUAAAAUAGACAGAGUGUGCAAAGAUGACGUUAGAUCACUGAAAAUAUGUCUGUAGAUAAAAGUUUUAUUCCUGCAAUUUUCAGGGGUCGAAACACAGCAACGUGUCAUUGAAUGAAAUGCCACGGAAAUCUUUUUAAUUAGCAUUAGUUUUGCAAAUCUUUAAAUAAAAGAUCAUUUUUUUGUGUAAGUGAUUGACAACCAAGUAAUCUUCUCAGUUAGAGGAGGCACAGCCCAGAUCAAUAGAUUUGCAUAUCAGUAUUUCAUUAUUUGAUAUUUUGAUGACAGCAUCAUUAUGUAUUGAUUACUGUUUAAUGAUUCAGACAUAUCUAAAGCUUACUUUUUCAAAGAUUGACAGCAGUUUAUAGUUUCAUCAGCUGGAGCCUGAAAUAAAGCACAAACUUACACCCAAACCCAAGUUAGAUAACUCAACACAAAACAUCAAGAUAUUAACCUUCCCUCGUCUUGCACCUCAGAUGCCCUGAAUACACGCAACCGCCAGGUGAUGUGCACCACCCUGAAGGUCCUGCAGCACCUGGUGCGCUCAGGAGACAAGGUGGGAGAGGCUCUGACCAGAUAUUACCGGCAGAUCCUCCCCAUCUUUAAUACCUUCAGGAGCAUGAGGGGUAAGGUGUUUUUAGAUUUUGCCUCAAGUGUACAUCCACCCUGCAAACACCCACUCACGCAAUCACCAUUCUUACCCUGACUCCGGGUCACUGCUCAUACCUCGUGUGCAUCAACACAACAUUGUGCAACAGCAGAAGCGGCGCUAACUCGGAAGUAGUUUCAGCUGCUCCUGUCUCUCUACGGGCAGCCUCAUUAAACUUUCAGCUGAACAGUUAAGAACUCCUCUGCUGCUCAGUCCUGACUGGCUGCAGCGUAAGAGUAAAUCAAAUUCAGUCUGUCCAGAGGGUCUGAAGGCAGAUGGAAGCUGGAGUUGGAGUACAAUCUUUGCAGUUUUCUCCUCCUCAUGUUGUCUGCCUCUCUCUCUCUUUCUCUCUGUCUGUUUCUUCAUCUCUAGUCAACCUGGGCGAUGGCUUCGAUUACAGCCAGCAAAAGAGGGAGAACAUUGGGGACCUCAUCGAGGAGACUCUCCAGAUGUUUGAGCGCUACGGAGGGGAGAACGCUUUUAUUAACAUCAAAUAUAUGGUGCCUACCUACCAAUCAUGUGUGCAUAAAUAAAUAAACACCCUGUACAUUGACAUUAA